AUUUUUAUCUUACAAAAGAGAGAAACAACACGUAAAAACAUUUGACUUAUUAAUAUUAUUAUGUUUUAAAGUACUGAAAUAGCUAAAGUGAGUUGUGGUUUGUGGUGCAGUAAAUUUUUACAUUUCUGGCAGCUUGAAGGCGACAGUUUUACAAGAAAAUGGACUCGAGCAGCUACAAGCAGAUCGCGCAGAGCUCGAACGCGGUCUCGAUCGACAUGGACCUGCUGCAGGUGGGCUCGGAGCCGGUUGGCGUCCGGUGCCCGCACUGUCAGGAAGACAUCAUGACGCGGGCCUCCUACCGAAACAACACCACCACGCAUCUCGUUGCCGUCAUACUGGGGAUAUUCUUUUGGUGGUUAUGUUGCUGCGUGGUCCCGUACGUAACUAAGAGGUGGAAGGACGUACACCACAGCUGCCCCAGCUGCCGGAAAUACUUAGGGGUUUAUACUAGGAAGACUAUAUUAUAAAAAGUCUAGUCUGUGAGUUAACUAUAUCGGUACUGCGAACCUAGUAGGUACUGAAAAGUCCUGUGAAUGUAAAUCCCAUACACCAUACAAAUAAUACGGCAAGAGUAGGUACUCAGAGAAUGAGUAGGUAGUGCUAGUGAAAUGAAUACGCAUAUUACCUACUCCUUUUCCCGAAAAAUGAGGCUUAAUACCUUUCUGUUCGACAUUGACGACUAAGGUGAUGUAAAUAAGACUAACAAGCAAAACUUUUAAAAAUUUUAGCCCGAUUACGGGUAUUAUCGUAAAGAUCCUCUCCUCUUUGAAAAUCGGAUAGGUUAUAUAGUUAUAGGUUUUACAAGGGGGCAACAUCGUUGUUUAACUCAUCGACUCAUCGUGUUAAUAUUGAUAUCGGAGCAAGCAAAUAAUUCCUAAAUCGAAGCAAAUAGUUCGAAAAGUGCGUUCUUAAAUCUUGAGCGUUGCGAGGUCUUUGAGGCACGAUGGUUAAACAAACACAGAAUUAUGUAACUUGGUACAUUAUAUAAUUUGUUAUAUUUAAAUAUUUAUACGCUUCAAUUGUAAUUGUAAAUAAAUUUCUAUUGAGUAAAACACAUUUUUAUUCACCACACCAAUGCGGGAAAAUACCAACGGCAAUACAUUACAAAUCAAAUCUAAAUAAAUAAACGCUAUACAAUAUAUAUCAUUCUAAUUCAUCACUUUAAAGUAAGUUACACUAGCCAACAUGAAGGAAAUAACCCAAAAUUACACUAGCCAACAUGAGGAAAUAACCCCAAAUUACACUAGCCAACAUGAGGAAAUAACCCAAAAUUACACUAGCCAACAUGAGGAAAUAACCCAAAAUUACACUAGCCAACAUGAGGAAAUAACCCAAAAUUACACUAGCCAACAUGAGGAAAUAACCCAAAAUUACACUAGCCAACAUGAGGAAAUAACCCAACAUUUGUUUUACAUUACUUUGUCACUCUUGUGGAUAUAAUGCAACUUUCUCAUCAGUUUUUUGUUAAGAACAAAGAGUGCCAUUACGAGGUGGUGUAGCAUAAAUGAUAUCAAUCGUGCCGGCAAAAGGAUACGUUAAAAUAAAUAAUUGGAGAAUAGUUAAUUGUUUUACAAGGGGGCAAAGUUGUUGUUUAACCGCUCGUGCUAAUAUUGAUACCCGAGCAAGCGAAAGAGUCCAAAAUUGAAUUCGAAAAAUGGAAUCUGGAGCGUUGCGAGGGUUUCAAAGCACGAGGGUUAAACAAAAUUUGCCCCCGAGUGAAACACAAAAUUUUUCACCACACCAACCUGAAGCAAAUAUCAAACAAAAGCAAACCAAAUCAAAUUCAAAUGAAUGUUAUUAAAUAUUUAUCAUCCAAAAUCAUCAUUUAAAAGUCAAUUCUACCAGCAAAUAUAAGAAAACAACUCAGAAUUUGCAUUUGAUUACUUUGCCUCACAUGUGAAUUACUGAUAGCAAAGUGCAACUUUGCUAUCCGUUUUUGAAGUGUAAAGUAAGCCUUUCCGAGCUGGUGUGGUGAAAAGUAUAGGUAUUUUUGAACUGCGGUUUUUUAAUCGGUGCGUAAACAAAACCAGCCUCCAAAUCUUUUUGGUCAGCUUAAAGGUGACAUUCGGAUGAUGACUGCAGCUGCAUUAGGUACCUACCUACUAUAGCAAUCUUACUACUGCAGUGUUUUAGAUAAAAUAUCCGUAAAUGCUUCGAAAUAGUAUAAAAUUUGUAUCUGUAAACGCAAGUUAAAUAAUAUAAUACCACAAUUUUGUAAAAUAUACAUUUUUUAUUCAAUAACUACGUAGUUUUUCAUAAAUCAAGAUUUCAUCGAAAAUAAUUAUAUGAAGGAUAAGCUGUAUUAAGUAGUACCCUUUUCCCACUAGUCAGGGCAGGUAGACACUAACAGUUUCGAAUUACAAACUUACCAUUCAGGGGGCCUACCGCCAACAUCGAAACUAUAAUGAUUUUAGAUUUUUGGACCUCAGGGCGCGUAGCCAAAGUACCAAUCGUUAACGCUCCGUAGAGUAUCGUAGUCAUCUCUCUCUAUCACUCAUCCCUACUAGUGCGACAGUGACAGUUGAGUUUCGUUUGCUAAGGAGCGUUAACAAUUGCAGUUAGCUACGCACCCAGGCCCCGUAGACAACAUGCCAAUCGCUAACGCUCUGUAGCGAACGAAACGCAACUGUCCCUGUCACACUAAUAUGGAAGAGUGAUAGAGAAACAUAAGGCGAUUCGAUAGCGAAGCGCAAGCGAUUGUCACCUUGGCUAGGCCGCCAGGUAAUCUUAUUAUUUCUUAUUC